AUGCGUUCUAUUUCCUCCAUUGCCUUUCUCUCCGCGAUAGGAGCAGCCUCCGCUCAAGCUGCGACUAGCUCAGCGUCAGUCUCGACUUUCUCGACUGCGGUUUCCUCAACCGCACACCCUUCGUCCACCCCCUUGAACCCUCAGCCCACUGGCAGCAGCUCUUUUGCCAAGGUGGAUGGUCUCGAGUUUAACAUUGACGGAGAGUCCAAGUACUUCCCUGGCACAAACUCGUAUUGGCUGCCAUUCCUGACCAACAACGCGGAUGUUGAUUCCGUCUUCAAGAAUCUGCAGAAGAGCGGUCUCAAGAUUCUCCGAACUUGGGGAUUUAAUGACGUCAACACCGUCCCGGCGGCUGGGACUGUCUACUUUCAACUCCACGACAAGACCGCUGGUACCAGUACCAUCAACACUGGCGCUGACGGUCUGGAGCGUCUUGACUACGUUGUCUCCACUGCCGAGAAGUACGGCAUUAAGCUUAUCAUUCCAUUUGUGAAUUACUGGGAUGAUUAUGGUGGUAUGAGUGCCUACAUUACCGCCUAUGGAGGCAGUAAGACGGAAUGGUAUACCGACGAGAAGAUCCAGAGCGUGUACCAGGCGUACAUCAAAGCCAUUGUCUCUCGAUACAGUGAUUCCCCUGCCAUCUUUGCCUGGGAGUUGGCUAAUGAGCCUCGCUGUGCGAGCUGCAAAACCGAUAUUAUCACCAGCUGGGUAACCAAGACUGCUGCCUACAUCAAAUCCCUCGAUUCUAACCAUUUGGUCACCACUGGCGAAGAGGGCAUGGGCCUAACUGUCGGAUCGGAUGAUUCUUACCCUUACACCAAUACCGAGGGCAACGACUUCGCCAAGAACCUUGCGGUCCCUGAUAUUGACUUUGGAACAUUCCACCUCUACGUGGCCGACUGGGGUAUCACCGACAAUGCUUGGGGCAAUGGCUGGGUCGAAUCACACGCCAAAGUCUGCAAGGCUGCUGGAAAGCCUUGCCUAUUCGAGGAGUACGGCAUCAAGGGUGACCAUUGCUCCGACUCGGUGGAUUGGCAGAAGACUGCCUUGACUACCACCGGUAAUGCUGCUGAUCUGUUCUGGCAGUAUGGCGAGCAGCUGUCCUCCGGUCCCUCUCCAGAUGAUCAGUACACCAUCUACUAUGGGACUGAUGAUUGGGAGUGCGGUGUUGCUGAUCAUAUCAGUCAAAUUUAA